ACCGCUAAGGUUAUUUACUGUCGUUAGGGUGCUUGAGUAACACACUUUAUCGAGCUCUAAGCCUAUGCAGCAAACAUUCGCGAAAGUUACGAAGCACCAUUCACCAGAUGAUGAUCGAAUCGAAGUAUGUAAACAACGUUUAAUAGAUGUAACAACAAAUUUAAGAGAAAAGCGAAAAACUAUUUGCUGAAAAAUGACAAAAUCUCGAGAACAACGUGCCUUAUUACAAAAUGAUUUAAAUGCUUUAGAAGAAUGCAAAUUGAAAUGUCAAGGUUUUAUAAAAGACAACGAAGUUAAACGUUUGAGAGCCCUUCAAAAAUUCUGUACAGAUAACCAUUUAUGCAUUGUUAAAAAGAAGGAACAACAAGAAUUAGUUAGUGAAUUAAAAAAAGCUAAAGAACGUUAUGCAUCGCUGAAUGCGAAAGUCGCUGGUCUGAAAAAGUACGAAAUCUACUUACAAAAAGUGGUUGAUACAUUACCUAAAGAUUACAUAAAACUGGCAGAUGAUGCUAUAAUUGGCCUCAUUAUGCGAUAUAAUUCGCUUCAUGAUACAAAUGAGAGAUUGAAAAGAGAAAUGGAAACGAAGGCUGAAGAAUUAAGACAAGCACAAAAUGAUUUAAGAAAAUUGAAAGAAUCUCACCGUUUCUUGUUAUUCAAUAAGAAUUCUGAAUUAUCUGCAUUGUACAAUGAACGUGAAUGCCUUGACAAUAAUUUUCAGGCGAGUAAUUUAAAUUUAUUACAAAGUCAUGAUGAAUUAGUGCACCAGUUAUCAUUCUUUAUGACAGUUAUCAGAGCAAUCAACAAUUUAACUCAAAAAUUACUGAGAAUAUAUGACAUCAAUCUAUCUGGACAAACGAUGUUAAAUAAAAAGCAAGGAAUGACAAUAUCAUCCCAAUGCAAUUUCAUUGAAGAUCGCAUUUCAACUAUUCGUACUAUAUUAGUACAAAUUGCAACAGAUACUGGACAGUUACCAGUGUGCACAUACACUAGACCACAAUUAACAAAUCAACAGUUAGCUGAAGUAAUCGCUACUUCUCCAAGUGAAUUAACUUUCUUAAGUAAACUGACAAGUAUGCAAAGUGAUCAUCCUUCUCAUCUUAGCACAACUAAUAAUAAUAAUAAUAAUUAAUUUAUCCACUUUCACUCAUGAUGUGAUUAUAAAAACAAACACACACCCAUACGGGUUCUACAAAGGAUUUAAUAUUACUUGUUGAAUAUUUUAUUUGCUUGGAAUGUACAUACGAGCAUAAAAGUAAAUAUUCUAUGAAAUAAAUCAUUUAAAUAUUGU